AUGGAUCAAUUUUACAAGACAUAUGGCUGGAGGUCGAUGCGCUGGGGCGAUUACUCGGACGACUACCACACCUUUGUUCUCGAGUGGUCCCCCGACUUUAUGUGGACGUACGUUGACAAGCGGACGUCUCGCAUUCUCGACAUGCGCUUCAACAAAAAGUCGUUCUUUGAGCGUGGAGACUUUCCGCCGACAAUCUUGAAUAAUACCAACGUGCCGGUCGUGCUCACCAAUCCAUGGGCGGGCGGAACGCGUGCGGCACCGUUUGACAAGCCGUUUUACCUCGCCCUCACGCUCGGUGCUGGUGGGACGGAUGGGUGGUUCCAGGAUAAUGAGGGAGGAAAGAUGUGGUACGAUGGCUCGUCGAGUGCGAUGCUUGACUUUGCGAAUAACAAGGACAAGUGGCAUUCGACCUGGUCAAAGGAUAAUUCUCGACGGGCAUUUGCCAUUGAUUAUGUCAAGAUGUGGUCCAAGUGCUAA